UAAUUCGGCUUCACUGAGGCUGCGCAGAGCAGCGAGGUCCAACGCCUGCUGCUGCUGCUGCUGUGUCCCUGUACUGUUGUUCAAAAGGAGCGGAUAACAAACUGAGAUGCCUCGUGAUUUUUAAUGGGAAACAGAUCAAACAUCUGCCGGUAAACCAUCCCGAUAGGAGGAAGAGGAGGAGAGGAAGAGCUGCAGCGGAGAAGGAGGGACAGAGGAGAAAAAGAAGAGGACAGGGAGGAAAAAAUCGGGACAGUAUAAUGCUGCAGCUUUGAGUGAAAGAUGUCCAACGUUAACAUGGAAGCGACCACCAUCCUCCCAGUUCUCAAGAAGAAGCUGGCUUUUCUGUCAGGGGGUAAAGACCGGCGUAGUGGUCUGAUCCUGACCAUCCCUCUCAGUUCAGAUCAGACCAGCAUGGAGGAGCUCAGUGCCACACUGGACUACCUGCUCAGCAUCCCCAGUGAGAAGUGUAAGGCUCGAGGUUUCACUGUCAUCGUGGACGGAAGAAAGUCUCAGUGGAACAUUGUGAAGACUGUGGUGCUCAUGUUGCAGAAUGUGAUUCCAGCAGAGGUGUCGCUGGUCUGCGUGGUGAAGCCCGAUGAAUUCUGGGAUAAAAAGGUCACACACUUCUGCUUCUGGAAGGAGAAAGACCGCCUGGGCUUCGAGGUGAUCCUGGUUUCAGCCAAUAAACUGACUCGUUACAUCGAACCCUGUCAGCUGACCGAUGACUUUGGGGGAAGUCUGGACUACGACCACAGCGACUGGCUCAACAAGAGACUGGUUUUUGAGAAGUUCACAAGGGAGUCGACGUCACUGCUGGACGAGCUGUCGAUUAUCAACGAGAGUGAUAAGAGCAGCUCGGUGGACAAGGAAAAAUCAGCUGACUGCGCUCUCUUACCUUCCUUUGACCCUGAGACUGUUCUUCAGACCGGUCACGAGCUGCUGUCGGAGCUGCAGCAGCGUCGUUUUAACGGCACAGAGGGAGGCGGAGGAGGACAGGGAGGUCCAGCAUGGUGCCCCAUGGAGGAGGAGCUGCUGGCUCAGCCUCAGGUGAUGAAGCUGCUGGACUCACUCAGGGAGCAGUACACCAAAUACCAGGAGCUCUGCAGGCAGAGGAACAAACGCACGCAGCUCGACGAGAUCCACGCAAAGGUCAUGCAGGUGGUCACGUGGCUUCAGGGUCCAGGCUCAGAGCUACUGAAGACUCAGCAAGAGAUAGGAGACUCGAUGCGGGCAGCUCAGGCCCUGCAGCAGAAACAUGAGGAGAUCGAGAGCCAGCACAGCGAAUGGUUUGCGGUGUACGUAGAGUUGAACCAGCAGAUCGCCGCCUUGCUCGGUGCCAGCGAGGAGGAGGAAGUGCUGGAGCUGAAGGCCCUGCAGCAGCAGCUGAGUGACGUCUGCUACAGGCAGGCGGCUCAGCUGGAGGGCCGACAGAACGUCCUGCAGGCAGCGCAGGGUUUCCACAGCACCACACAGGAGUUGUCCCAGCAGCUGGACGGCCUGCUGGGCAUGCUCUGUGCAGAUGUGGCUCCAGCUGACGGAGCAUCCAUCCAACAAAAUCUCAAACUGUUGGAGGAGAAGCUGCAGACUGUCGAGGCAGGUCUGACUUCACUGCGACAGAAGGGGGCGCUGUUGAUGGAGCAGAUGUGCACACAGCCGACGUGGGCUCUGGAGGAGACGGAGAGUCCAGCUGGAGAACAGCAGGACAACGUGCAGCACAUUCAGGCUGUGAUGGAGGAGAUGCAGCUGCGCAAGCAAAGGUGUGAGGACAUGGUGGACGUAAGGAGGCUGAAGAUGCUGCAGAUGGUCCAACUCUUCAAAUGUGAAGAAGACGCUCUUCAGGCAGUGGAGUGGCUUGGCGAACUCAUGGAUGCUUUGUUGAAGACUCACGUCAGGCUGGGCGACGACUCUCAGGAGAACAGGACCAUGUUGGACAAACACAGGAAGUUUGUGGAUGUCGCUCAGAGCACGUAUGAUUACGGCCGUCAGCUGCUACAGGCCACCGUUGUACUCUGUCAGUCUCUGCGCUGCACGACACGUUCAUCCGGUGAUACCUUACCAAGGCUCAACCGGGUCUGGAAACAGUUCAGCGUCAGUGCUGAGGAGAGACAACAGAGACUGGAGCUGGCUCUGAGCUUUCACUCCGCCGCUGAGAGGGUGUUACAGCAAGAAUUUGUCGACUCAGAGUCUCUGGAUGAAGUCGACUCUUCAGGGAAAACUCUGCUGGACAGACUGACCAUGCCUGUUAUCUUCCCUGAUGGGAGCGAGCAGUACUUCGGGGCUCCCAGUGACACGGCAGCGGCAGCAGAGUGCGUCAGAGAGCGCCUUCUGCUGGUGGAGGAGCGACGGCUGCAGCUGCAGGAGGCGCGGCUUCACAACGACGAUGAGGAGGAGGAGAUGCUCAACGGGCAGGAGUCACGGUUAGACGUGAUUGGAGAGGAACUGAGUGAGAAAGAGGAGCAAGAUGAAGAAGAAGAGGAGGAGGAGGAGGAGGAGGAGGAGGAGGAGAGAGGACAGGAUGGAGACUUGGAGAGAGCUACACAGGACUGCUAAUAGAUCGCUGAAGACGUUAAACCGAGCAGCCUUAAUGAAGCUUGUUAGUGAAGGGCUGCUGAUUAAUAUCUGACGACGCCGCCGGCAUUUCCUCCCUGAGCAAAGAACGCCCUCUGAUCCGUCGCUUCUAUCGUACCGCAGCAGGAAGUCAUCUGUAAUGAAGGUACUUCUUUACAAAAGGACUAUAUUUCCCAUCAGCCUCGCUGCUUACUCUUCCUGAAAGAGGAUAAACACGUUAGAAGAGAUUUCUCUGCCGCUACUCCUCCGUUCAGCAGACACUGUCGAAGGUAUUUCACAGCUUGCUCUGGAAAAACUGUUUUUUUCCGCCGUCAAGCGAUGGAACAGGAUAACAAAUGUAAAAUACUGGAAGUAUUUACUGGAAUUAUUAAUAUUAACGUCUCUGGUUGCUCUGAUGAAGAUGAUCAAUCAAGCUAAAACAGUUUAUAUAAGAAUACUCCUCGUGUUCGCCUAACAUCACCUCAUUCUUCCCAGCAUGCCAUUCGCUUACCUUAGUGAGCUUCCAUGGUGCUAACAUGGUAACCUAACAAGGUUUCUGUCUGUGCCUCAUCUGAUUUCCUGGUACCUUUUUAUAACAUCUCCAACCGAACCUGAAGAAUCAUGGACAGCUCUUUCACGGUCGAGGCUGUGCUCAUUCUGCUUCGUUCAAACGUUAACGUCUCUCUUUCGAGGGCUCAAAACGUUCUGAUGGCAAAUGACCAGACUGUCAAACCUGUGCAACCUCAGCGUCCCACAUUAAGAAACACACAGAGCUCUGAACCCUACUGUGACAAACCUCAUUAAAAGUUAUCUUAAAGAAAGUGAAACAUCUGAAUAUUUAAGUGCCUGCCCACUCAGAUAAUGGAUCAAUUAAACUACAGCACGCACAUUGUCAGGGAGAUCCAAAAAUGGUGGCAUACUGAAGAACAUUGACAAAGAUGGAGCUCAUAAAGAAGAAAAAUAACUUUAAUUUUCUCUUAUUGGUAUCUUUUGGACACCCCUGACAUUCUCAGUAUGGUUUGAUUUGAUGCACUACUUUUAUCUUUGACUGAGAUAUUUUUAAGUUCAGGGAUUUGGCUUUUGAACACAACCUCAGUGUAAACGUUGAGGUCUCUUUUAAGGUAAUUUACAGGAUAAAGAAAUGUAAAAGCUUUGAUUAUGCAGCGUCAACUUAUCUUCAGGGUUCCCAUGUGCCUCAUUAGAGUCAUUGUCGCUUUUUUAAAACUUCAGAUGGACUGAAUGCCUCCUGCAGAAAGCAUUUCCUGUCUGUACUUGCUCUGUACUUUGGCAAUAAGAGAUCAGACAAGAAGAAACGCAAAAAAAAAAUAAGAAACUAAAGAGAGGCGACUGGAUUAUUUCCAUAAAUGUGACAAUUUCAGAUGAAUUCAGAAGAAAACCGUGGGAUAUAUGCAUUUAAGGAUCCAUGAUACAUUUCCAAAGCUCUGUCCACUCUGCUGCUCAUCCUGCUUUCAUGAUGCAACAUUCUUUAUGCUCCAUAUUGGCAACAGGGACUGAGGUAGAGUUGCACGUGUGACUUGCACAGACUGGUGGUCAUUUGCCAGCAAGGCUCCAUCUGAACAGGUUAGAUUGCUUUUUGUAUUUAUUUGGAGUUUUUACAAAAACAAACCUCGCUGUGAUUGGUUGCCAUUUCUGACCAAUAACUGCUGCUGUAAGUAUAACCGCUAAAUACUGUGUCUUGCAUACUGCCCCCCUCUGUUUAAUGACAUCAUCCUCUAAAUAAAGAAGCCUUUUCAAGUUGC